CUGGAAUACGGCUCGCGCUUAAGAUGGCAGCGGACGCCGGAGACCUAAUCGGGGCUUCUGAGUUCUUGAAAGAUCGCUUAUAUUUUGCUACUUUAAGGAAUAGACCAAAAAGCACAAUAAAUACCCACUAUUUCUCCACCGAUGAGGAGCUGGUCUAUGAAAAUUUCUAUGCAGAUUUUGGACCUCUGAACUUGGCAAUGGUAUACAGAUAUUGCUGUAAACUUAACAAGAAACUAAAGUCAUACAGUUUAUCAAGAAAGAAAAUAGUGCACUACACAAGUUUUGAUCAACGAAAGAGAGCAAAUGCUGCAUUUUUAAUAGGUUCUUAUGCGGUAAUCUAUUUAAAGAAGACACCAGAAGAAGCCUACAGAGCACUCAUAGCUGGCUCAAAUCCCCCCUAUCUUCCAUUCAGGGAUGCCUCCUUCGGAAAUUGUACAUACAAUCUCACAAUCCUGGACUGUUUGCAGGGAAUAAGGAAGGGAUUGCAGCAUGGAUUUUUUGAUUUUGAAUCCUUUGAUGUGGAAGAAUACGAACAUUAUGAGCGGGUUGAAAAUGGUGACUUCAACUGGAUUGUUCCAGGAAAAUUUUUAGCAUUUAGUGGACCACAUCCCAAAAGCAAAAUUGAAAAUGGUUAUCCCCUUCAUGCCCCUGAAGCCUACUUCCCUUAUUUUAAAAAGAAUAACGUGACUACAAUUAUUAGGCUGAACAAAAAGAUCUACGAGGCAAAACGAUUCACAGAUGCAGGUUUUGAGCACUAUGACCUCUUCUUCAUAGACGGCAGCACACCGAGUGAUAACAUUGUUCGACGAUUCUUAAACAUAUGUGAAAACACCGAAGGAGCAAUUGCUGUACAUUGCAAAGCUGGUCUUGGGAGAACAGGAACAUUGAUAGCCUGUUAUGUAAUGAAGCACUACAGGUUCACACAUGCUGAAAUCAUUGCAUGGAUAAGAAUUUGCCGGCCAGGUUCUAUUAUUGGACCCCAACAGCACUUCCUGGAAGAAAAGCAAGCAUCAUUGUGGGUUCAAGGAGACAUUUAUCGUUCCAAACUGAAAAACAGACCAGCCAGCGAAGGAAGCAUUAACAAGAUUCUAUCUGGUUUGGAUGAGCUGUCAAUUGGUGGAGGCCUGUCCAAACAAACCUUGGACCGAUACGGAGAGGAUGGGAUUACUGACGAUGAUGUAGAAUUGGACAUUAAAAACUCCAUGACACAGGGAGACAAACUUCGUGCCUUAAAAAAUCAGAGACAGCCUCGCACUUCAACAGCUAGUAGUUUUCGAUUGGAUGAUGUGAGACUACACUCCAGAUCAAUGUCACAGCCUCACAGAGUGAGCACUUCACAAGGCAGCAUAUCUCCUUUGAAGCCCUCCAAGGGGAUAUUGUCCCCAUCAGCCUCUGCCAAGAGAAUAAAUAGAAGUUCAUGCUCCUCAGGCUCGAGCACAAGAAGCUUUUCCAUAAAUACUCGACUAGCCAGUUCUCUAGGGAACCUGCAUGCUGCAACAGAUGAUUCAGAGAGCAAAAAGGCCACACCGCCCACUAGGACAGGUUAUACAGUCAACCAUUUCUCCAACCACUUGAAUGGCAGCUCACAGUCACCUGCCAGAAAUUACCCUGAGCUCAACAACAACCAGUACAACCGGAGCACCAGUGCUGGCAGCACCCUGAACAGCCACGCCACCCUACACAGCGCCAAGGCAGAUGAGUACAUCUUCCGACCUUACACUGGCCUCUCUGCUUCUUCAUCAAGAUUCCUGAGCCGUUCCAUCCCUGUAAGUUCGCAGACAGCACCUCUUGGUCAGAACCCCGAAAGAAACUUCUGUACCUUGCCUUCUCAGCCAAAGCUACCACCAAAGAAAUUUACUAGUGUCAAAGAAGCUUUCUGAUUCCUUCCCCCUUUUUUGAAACUGUCUUAACACAUAAAUUCUGCCUGCUCCUCUUCUUUUAGUAAAUGCCAAAUUUCA